ACAAGUGGUUUUAACCAAAAUAUGUAUCGAAAUAAAACAAUUAGCAGUCUUACAAAUGCUGAGGACUGUGAAAAUCCUUCACAGCAGUCCUUACGAGUUCAAAAUUCAAAUGAGGAGUUCGAAGAGUUAAUACGAAAGAAUAUUUGUAAGCCGGAGAUUACAAAAGUAUUGGAUAAAAUUUUCGAAACGUUUUCCGAUUCUGACGCCUGUCAAUUAAAACGACGUAAGCUCGUCGAGUCCACCUUGAAAGAGUUGGCGAAAGUCAACGUACCUUCGGGGCAAGCGAAUACGAUCGUGAAUCGAAUAAUUUCGGACAUCCCACGAUAUUCCAAGCAACAUCUGGUUAAACUCGUUGAGUUCUGUGUCGCGAACAUUCGCAACGAUGACGACCCGAUACAUAGCUGGAAGGAUUUAUUACCCGUACUGCUUGAAACAUUGGAAAAUGAAAAGUAUGUUACACUCUCGCACGGUGAAGUUUCUGGAAAGGAAUAUAAAGAGAUAAUCGUUAAAGACAUAUGCAAUUCCCGAUGGGACGUUAAUAUUCUGCCACCUUUGACAAAAAUGUUUGGGGAUGUAGCACUGGAUAAAACGCAUCGUUCUAUGGUUUUGAAAAGUCUAUGUUCUGCUCUUCCUCGAUUACCCUUGGAUCAAGUACCUUCCUUCGUUUAUCAGGCGUUAAAAUUAUGCAAAGACAAAGAUAAUCAAAAACUUUUGAGUGCAUUAUCCAAAUACUUUGAAAAUUGUUAUUUGAAAACAGUAGUGAUUUCCAGCGACGAACAAGACUUUGAAGAAAUCGGUGGGUACAGUUAUCUUUGCAACGUCUCGUUCGAUAGCGCAUUUCGUAUAUUAAUGUACACAUUUACACUUGUAGGUACGAUUAGUCUAAAAGAAGUACAAGAGAACGAGAGCACCGUUUUGUAUCAUGUCUACCAAGCUGCUCGGUUAAAUCAUGAGAACAUGAGAGAUUUUAUUCGUUUCAUUAAACAAGUAUCUUACGCUCCCGAGUACAUGCUACAACCAUUUAUGCUCGCCGUAUUGAUGACGGUCUCGAGCAUAUACGAAGAUCAGAUCUAUGAGACGCUAAGGACUGGCAUCGUUAAUGAUAGUCUAGAGAAAUCGAAGAGAGAAUGUAGUGCAUGGUUGAGACAGCUUUUACCUCCUCCUCGUAACAUAAUCGAAAUUAUUCGACGGGUCAUCGAGAGCAGCAAUAAAGAUCGGCACCUGAUACUGAAAGGACUCACCGAUCUAGCUUUUACGUUAAUGAAAGUCGAACAGAAAUCGAAGAACAAUGCGACAGUCAUGUGGCACAUAGGAUCCGACAUAAUACAAGAGAUUAUUAAAAAACGUCAUGAAACUGUUCCGGCUGUGUUACAAGAGUUGAUUAAUAAAAUAGUAUCAGGAGGUACAUCAACAACCCAUUAUACAGGUAACGAAAUAAUAAUUAAACAUAAUAAACGUACGCAUGUGCCUUACUCCGCAUAUCUUGCAGGUUGUUUAAAGUACGCUUGUCGUGAAUUAUCAAUGAUCGUCUUGGAUCAUCAGGCCUUGAUUAUGACCAUCCUUGAACGAUUGUUAUUCUUGCCCAGUACAGUUGCUAGUCAAGUUUUAAACGCUAUGUCUCCAUUGAUGCACGUUUCUGCUAAUAUACGAGAAAAUAUCCUCUUGAUUUUAAGGAAAGCUCUAUAUCGCAAGGGUGUAUCCAAACGUCAGAUGGCUGUAACAGGAUUUCUUGAAAUGCUAAAAUAUUCUAAAAUGUAUUCUCGGGACAACUAUAGGCUCAGCCAGCAUUCCAAUUCCUCGUUUCCUUCUAAUUCUAGGUCGAUGUUGACUCAAGCGACGUUGGAGAGCAAUUCACAAGGAGAAAGAUUUACUCCGCAAUUCGACAAGAGUUUGUGCUACGAGAUACUGGACAUAUUAAAAAAAUGUUUCACUUUCGAGUUCGAGGUCAGAUUGCAUUUAUACGAAGGAUUGUACGACGCUAUUACCAAAAACCCUGGUAUCAUCGAAAUUUUGAUAGAUAUGUUUCUUUCACACUUGAAUCUUUACGUCGAAACGGAUGAUAGUAUUUUGCCACCUGUAAAAUUCGAUCUGUGUAUAGAGAUUCAUGGAACAGAGGUGGUUUUACAGGAACCAAUCGGGCAAUUGAUAUUCGCGUUGCAAAAAAUAUGCGUUAAUUCAACUGCGAGAUAUUCAAACGUUUUCGAGAAGUUGCGCGAUACCUUGGAGUUGUUAUGCAAAGGGAUGGCAGCCACGCAACUGGAACAUUUAAACCUGGAUAAUGGAAUUGACUAUCUACACGAGGACUUCCCUAAACCACAAAGGAAGUUAAAAACUCUUGAUGCAUCUUUUGCUGUCUAUGAAGCUUUGAUGGCGUAUCGUAUUGUAGAAUGGUCAAAGGGAAAUACAGACGGCAGCCAGAUUACUGAUUUAUUUAAGGGCUAUACGCGAUUGACAGAUUUCAUUAGAGCGCAAUCUACGAAAGCGAAAAAGGCUGAUGGUAAAUCUAAAAAAGACAAGGAAACAAAUAACACGACGAUCAAAAAGCCUAUCAAAUCGAACGAUAUCAAAAUACCGACCACCAUUAUGGAUUUGACAGUGAUACGUGAUUGUCUAUCACUUUUAUUUUCUCAGUCUUCAACUCAGGACGAUAACGUGCUUCGAAAAAAUCAAGAUUUCUGUUGUUACAUAUUACGAACAUGCGAACAGCUUUUACAACACUCGAGACCAUUCAUAAACGACUCUCUCCAUACGAAAAGCAAACAGUGCAUAAAUACGUACAUCGACAUUGGAAGGCUACUUUAUCAGAACUUUUUGCUAUGCCUGAACGAUGCUUUUUCAAAAAACGAACGAGCGGCGGUACUAGCUUUGCAAUGUUUCAAAGAAAUUUCUUGUUGGAUGUGUACAUCUAUUUCAUCUGAGUUGCCAGCGUUUCUCAAUUCGAUCCUUGGAACGCGAUCUAGAGUGUCGCAAAAGUCUUCUUCAAAUGUUGAUUCUCAAUUAGAAGAAAUUAUUUUAUCAUUAAAACCUCACUUGAAAGCCGCGCUCGUUGAAGACGCAGAAAGCGAGGAGAAAAAGAAAGUAGCACUUAUUCUACUAGAAAUAAUGAAACAAUUUUCAUAUAAGAUAAACUUUGAGAAACAUACCUCUGAUAAGAUACUCGAAGGUAUGAGAAAAAUGCUGGAAGAAGAAGAUAUCCAAACUUCCAACGUGCCUGCAAUUGUGCAGUUUUUCUUGGAAUUGGAAGAAUAUGCUCGAGAAUACGGUGCAACGUUCAACGAUAUCUGUUUGGAAUUAUGCAAAAAAGUUGGAACCAUCGACGGUGUGACAGAGUUAGAAACAAAUAGAGAGUACAAAAUUGUACGCGACGACACCGUGUUACCAAUUUACAACACGUUGAACAAUCAUAUCAAAGAAAAAUUGAACAAUAGUUCUUGUUUGUUUAUGCGAUUAAAAGCGGAGGAUAACGUAGCUCGAACAAUGAUCGACGGUGAAGAAGGCAUGGACAAUCUGAAAGAAAAAGAGCGUCAUUUGUGUAAACAUUUAUCCUAUCUUGCUCAAGUACUUCAUACGUUAGCUAACACAGCGAUGAAAUCGAUCUCGUGUACUGACGCUACAUUUAAGAAUUUGCAUUCCUUGUACCAUUUACUCGUGUAUUUAACAAAAUACUUCUGUGUAAAAUCGAGCAAUCAAAACGCAGCGUUCCAAGCAGUCAAAUUUAUCCAAACCGUACAGUUAGCUGGUAAGCCGCUGAAGUCUGCGUUUUACAAUUUAGUUGCGUACGUGGAGGAGAAUCAAAAUGAGUCGAAUUCCAAGACCGACUCGUACGCUCAAAGGAAUAAGAUUUUAAAAGAAACUAAAGUAAUACCUCGCGUGGUAUACGAGAUCGAACAAUUUAACAAAGAGAUAUUGUUACUUGGAAAGAGAACAGAUAUACCACUGGAAAAUUACAUAAAGCACAGCGUGACGAGAGAUUUCAGAAUAAAGAAUGUCGAGUUGGUGGAGGCACUCGAGAGACUGGACGCGAGCUUGCUCACUGGAACGAGCACACACGACCCAUCCGAAACUAGUACCUCGCACAUAAACGAGGCUGAUAGCGACAGCGAGGAUACGACUUCUCCUAAACGAACCAGAAUGGAGGAUUGAGAUAUAUUCGAUAGAAAUGUAUAAACCGUUUUCGUACACAUUUAAAUAUUUUUUUAUAAAAAGUAUUUCCAGAGAG